CUCUGCUGGAGUGUCACAGGGCGCAGUGCCACUCCUAGCCGCCAGGGGCGCUGCACACACCACAGUCCAGUUUCAUGGCUGCAACCUCUCAUUACCCAGCGACUCUCAGCAAACAUUCCUUCCGGCUUUACCGCCAUUAAAGACAGCAGGUAUGGCUAUCCGCUACCCCAUGGCCGUUGGCCUUAGCAAAGGCCACCCGGUUACCAAGAACGUCACGGCACCCAAACACAGCCGCCGACGAGGGCGUCUGACCAAGCACAGCAAGUUUAUUCGGGAUACAAUCCGUGAAGUUUGUGGAUUUGCUCCUUACGAGAGGCGCGCCAUGGAGCUGCUCAAGGUGUCCAAGGACAAGAGAGCCCUCAAGUUCAUCAAGAAGAGGAUUGGCACUCACAUCCGGGCCAAGAGAAAGAGAGAGGAGCUGAGCAACGUGCUGGCCGCUAUGAGGAAGGCCGCCGCCAAGAAGGAUUGAACUGUCAUUCAAUAAACAUAUUUGUUAGACAACACAAA